AUGGAGGACGCAGACUCUGCAUCUACUAGAUCCGGGAAUCCAUACUUCGCUCCCGCGGACGGACGCUGUCCGAUCAACGACCUGCCCCCCGAGCUGCUCUCGCAUAUCUUCCUCCUCGGGAGCGCCGAAUACACACAGGACGAGCACGACGAAGACGAGGAGGAGGCGGAGGCAGACAACGCCGACAACGAUGAGGAGGACGAUGAGGAGGAUGAGGAAGAGGAGGAGGGCGAACCUGAGUGGGAGGUGCUCGUCUCGCACGUAUGCCACCGCUGGCGCGAGGUCGCGCUGAACACGCCCGCGCUGUGGACCACGCUCGACUCCGACUGCGAACUGGAGAAGAUUCGGGUGUACCUCGAGCGCUCGCAGAACGCGCCGCUCGUGCUCUCGUUCGACCUCGCGGAGGACGACGAUGACGACGAGGAAGACGAGGGGCGCGACGACGACGACGACGCGGACACCGCCAAGGACGUCGCGCUUACGAUCCGCCUCGGCGAGACCCUCGCGCUCAUCAUGCCGCACGUCGGGCACUGGCGCUCGUUUGAACUCAUGGUCUCCGAUUACGCGCUGAUGCACCUCGCGCUCCUCGAGUUCGGCAGGGCGCCCGCGGCGCCCAUCCUGGAGGAGCUCCUGCUGUACGUCUACGAUGACACGGACGAGUACGACACGUUCCACCCCGAGCCCCUGAAACAGCAGGACUUCGUCCUCUUCGGCGGCAGCGCGCCCAAGCUGACGCACGUCGCGCUCUGGGGCGUGCACCUCGACUGGGCGCGCUCGCAUUUCCUCAGCGGGCUGCAGGAGUUCGAGCUCGCGUACCACGCCAAGGACGUGCGCCCGAGCUUCGCAGACGUCGCCCGCAUCCUCCAUGGGUCGCCCGAGCUCCACACGCUCACUUUCUGCCUAUCCGGGCCCGCGGGCGGCCCGGUCGAGUGGCUGACGAGCAUGUUCGAGGACGUGCCCGAGGGCGUAUCGGUCUCGACGACGCUCGCGCUCCCGUCCGUGAAGAAGCUCGUGCUCGCGUACCUCGAGCCCGCGUACGCCAUGCCGCUCGUGGAGCGCCUCGCGCUGCCGCACCUCACCGAGCUUGCGCUGGACCUCGAACAGGACGACUUCAGCGACUUCCUCGUUAUGCUCGCGAGGCCCGCGUCCGCGACGGGCAAGCCCCUCCUCGCGGAGCUCGAGUCGUUCAAGGUGUCCGGGCUGCCGUGCGGCGACGAGGCGGUCGCUGAGGCACUCGGCGCGCUGUCGAAUCUCACGUACAUCAACCUGAAUUUCGGGUUUAUCGAGAACUCGUGGGCGCGGUACCUCAUCGACCCGCCCUCGAAGGCUGCGGCGGUGACGAGCCCUAGCGGGGCGCGCGUGUUCUGCCCGCGCCUCCAGACGCUGACGGUGACGGGGCUCGACGGCGGGGAGGUGAUGGGGAUCAUAGCGGCGCGCAAGAAUGCGGGAGUGCCCAUUAGGCAGCUGCAGAUAAACGAGGACGAUCAUGUGGAUGAGGAGCAGGACGAGUGGCUGAGACAGAAUGUGGAGAGCUUUGAAACGUUUGAGGCCUCCGACGACGAAAUCGUGUUCGAUGGCUCCGACGUUGACAUGGAUAUUGAAGAAGUUGAAGAAGACGGUACAGAUGAUUUCUAUGCUUGGGAAGAUGUAGACUGA